AUGACUGGGCACACUCGUCGCGCGUCCACCUCCAGCAUCGAGAGUGUCGAUGUAAGCUUCGUCAAGUGGCGCCAGGAGGCGUCUGUUCUGCGCUCCGUGCCCAAGUCGGUGCCCAAUGACAACUGGCCCAUCUUCCAGCUGCGCGACGCCAUCGUCCUCAACCGCGACGGCAGCACCGUCGAGAACGCGCUGCACAUUGUGCCCAAUGGGCCCUUUAUCGUGCGCGGAUAUCUUCACUAUACGAGCGAGGAAAAGCAUCUCGUUCUUGUGCGAGACCGAUCUCCCAUUCCCAUCGAGAUCAGACACUGUUUACUAUACUCUGUCGGCGAAACAGAAGAUGGGUUGCCGCAGAUUUGGGUCUCGGGCCGCGCCGGCUGGUUCGAGCUCAGCCCUUGCCCGGCCUACCAGGCAACGUACGACAUAAUGUGCCAAGCAACGACACUUUACUAUACCAUCAUGGAUAUUAUUGAGGCUAUGAGAGACGCCCCCGCCAAGCGCGGGAAAAAGUCAAAGUUGCCGGUGCAAAGUGAUGUUUUGGCGUCAAUAUUCCUCCAGUAUGCCGCCUCUGUCGGCGACGGUUCAACAUUUGAAGACGUUGUGGACAGAUGCAAUAGGCACGCCAUAUUUCUCAUCUCACAAUUCAUGCAAGACGAUGACUCUAUGCAGUGGCAGACGACUGCUUUUUACAAGUGGAUGAAGUCGGAGAACGGUCCUCUGUUUGAAAAAGUCGACAAGGCUAAACGUAAUCCCCGCCAGCGUACCCGAUCGCCAUCAUAUAUUGAACCGUCGCCUAAAGCAAGCACCAGCCUGUCGAGACAUAGCGCCAGCGUCGAGGAGAUUGACGAAUUCGAUACUAUAGGACGGUCGACGCGCCGCUCUAACAGUGCCACUGCACAACAUACAACUAUUGCAAUGCAUCCCAGACAGACAAGACAGCCACCUGUACAAUCGCCCACACAAUCACCUGCACAAACUGCACAACCAUUUCCACAACCAUCUGUCCAACCAGCUCCAACACAUGUAGCUACCGACGCAGACUCGCCCUUCCAGACUGUUUUGGCCGCACUCGAGAGCUCAUUUGAUUCCAUUGUGUCAUCCAAGAACGGAGCCAAAGGAGUCAAAGUAUCCGGGCUCCUGAACAAGUUGUACUUCGCAUAUCGAUUUCCAACAUACAAAGACAGCACGAUUGGCUCCCACAAACGCCCUGUGGAGGAAGUUUUGCACUACAAUGCCGCCGCUCUCCUCGAUGUCAUUGAUCAUGAAAAGUACAAGAAUGGAGAAGUAUACGACUGGCUCGUGGACCUAUCCCAAAAAGAGUUUGUGCCCAUUGCGCUUAAAUCAGAGACCAUGCCUCUUCGCCUUCCGCCCAGAGAGCAGCGCCCGUAUCAUGGCCGAAGGCCCGAGACGAAGCUCGUACCUACUCAAGACUUCGUGCGACCACCGAGCCCCGCGACUCCCAUUAUCGGCAAACGGCCCGGCCGGCCUGUCGGGAGCAAGUCGAGCCUGCGUCCCAUCAAGUCAAACAAGAAAAGGUCUCGCAUCUUCAUGGACGAGGAUGAGACGGACAAUGAAACAGUAGCCAAGAAGCUGAACUUUUCGUCCGAUCAAGAGGGCGACGAGACCAUGCCCGAUGCCAGCAUCUCGACCUCGCAAGAAGACGAGCUUGACAGUGCUCUUCAGGCAAGAGACUCAUCCGAUUCGCCGAGUGAGCACGAAACGACAGACGACCAAGACAAGCCCGCGCAGUUGACGGUUCUCGCGGAAAAGCUGCCGGAUCCGAUGCCGACGGGGUUUCAAGGCGCGUGGACCUGUGACCAGCAGGACUGUGACUUUAUCGUGCGAGGGGGUGGAGAUGACGAAUUGGACGACCGCAUCGCAGCGCAUCUGCAGGAGCACGAGCAGCUUGUCGACAGGAUGCAGCUGGCCGUUAGCGAGAGCCGCGGACUGCUACCCAUCAACCAUCUUUUGGAAAAGCUCAAGCAAUUGGGAGAAGGCGUUCAAGGACCAACUGACUCGCAAGGCAACGUUGCGCCGCGGCCCAUCAAGAGACACCUUUAUGUAUAA